UUAGACAUGGACCCUAAAUUAGGGUCAUUUUGCUAGCGGUAGGUGACAAAAUUUCAGUUUGGCUGAUAAAGAGAGGGAGACAAAAACAGAUACGUCUAAGCAUUUGGUGGAUGAAUAUCAAGGAAAUUUCUUGUCUUGUUUCCUGAAUAAGAAAACUUAAUUAUACACACGAUCUUUCUUGCAGCAGUUCUUUCAAUCAGUAACUACCCCCAAGUUAGAACAUGUCGAAGGGAUUAUUGAAAAGUGAGGAGUUGUAUCAGUAUGUGCUAGAGACUAGCGUGUAUCCCCGCGAACCAGAGCCACUCAGGGAGCUAAGAACUGUCACUGCUACCCACCCGAGCGCUAUGAUGGCCACUUCUCCAGAUGCUGGUCAGUUGAUAGCCAUGUUAUUACAGCUAGUGAAUGCUAAAAAGACUAUAGAAGUGGGAGUUUUCACAGGAUACUCACUUCUCCUUACUGCUCUUUCAAUUCCUGAGGAUGGUAAGAUUAUAGCCAUAGAUGUUAAUCGCGAGUCUUAUGAGAUAGGGUUGCCGAUUAUAAGGAAAGCUGGCGUUGAACACAAAAUCGACUUCAUAGAAUCUGAGGCUUUACCAGUUCUUGACAAGCUAGUGAAAGAUCACGAAAGUGAAGGCGGUUUUGAUUUUGCUUUUGUUGAUGCUGACAAAAUCAAUUACUGGAACUACCAUGAGAGGCUACUGAAAUUACUGAAGGUGGGUGGAAUAGUUGUGUAUGAUAAUACUCUCUGGGGAGGGACAGUUGUUAUGCCUGAAGAAGCAACUCCAGAGGGUAUGAGAAUGGGCAGAGAGCUUACAAUUAAACUUAAUAAACUGCUUGCAGCUGAUUCUCGUGUCCAAAUUUCGCAUGCUUCUGUGGGUGACGGAAUCACAAUCUGCAGGCGACUCCACUGAUCCUUCAAAACUAAAGACUCAUUGUACCUUUUAUGAAUUUGGAGUUUCUGAAGCAUUUUCAAAAUAAAUAAAAAAAUACAUGAAUAAAAUGCUGAAACGUGGAAUUUCAUAAAUUUUGAUGUAUCAGAACUUAUGAUAAAUAAUCACUUUGCUGAGUGAGGAUCAAGCAUACCAAUCCAACAAUUGAACUAUUUAAGCA